UGUAUGUUCAUUAGGCGUUUUUAACAAACGAUGGAUCUAAAAGAAAAACUUAAGAAAAGCUUAGGGCUGCUUAAAAAAUAUGAGUGGCUGUUGGAUGCCUAUGUUUUGGAUUUCUAUCUGGACGACCAUUGGAGUAAACUUCCUGAAAACUGGCAGGUUGACUUGGAAAACAUUCCCUUGGAGAAUCUGGCAGAGCUGCUCCUACACGAGGAUCAUGAUCUCCAGUCGAAAUGGCCAGAGGAGCUAGUGGAACUGCAGCAUGAGUUGCAAAAACUCUGCAUCAGCCGUGCACCCAAGAACAAAGACGAAAACUCCUUUCCCUGCCCACUUCUGGAUCACCCCAAGCUAAAGCACAUGUUCCUGAAGCGGGUGAAACCAAAAAAGCAGCACGAGAUUGCCAGGAUGGCGGAGAUUUGUGCCCUUAGCCAUCGACAGUCACCAGUUGACUUUGUUGUCGACUUUGGAGCGGGCGUGGGCCACCUGGCCCGCAUCCUGGGCUACGGAUAUGGACUGCGAGUGUGCUGCUUCGAAAUGCAGCCCGAUCUCAACAAGCAAGCGGCGGAAAUCGAUUUGAAACUGGAGUCCAUGGCAGCGAAACACCUGCCACCGGAUGAGACCAGCCACUUCCAGCGACCAGUGCAUCUCACCCAGCGUUUGGAGAGCGGCACACAGCCCGAGCUGUUCCUCUCCAGCAUCCGGGAUGCGCUUCAGCUGAAAGACUACCAUUUUCGCUUUGGAAUCAUCGGCCUGCAUCCGUGUGGCAAUCUGGGACCUACACUGAUGCGUAUGUUUCUCGGCUGCCCGCAGGCCACAUUCCUCAACUUUGUGGGCUGUUGCUACCAGAAGAUGACCACACGGGGCACACAGCCCCGGGAUCAAGUGCACGGCUACCCGCUGAGCAGGUUCCUCCACGAUAAGCCCGAAUCCCAGUUGAGCUACGAGGCGCGAGAGAUCUCCUGCCACGCCCUGGAGGUGUACCACGAUCGCCUGCGGUCUGGGGACUACGAACAUCUCCGGAUACACUCCCUGAGGGCCGCCACCGAGCGCAUCAUUGUCCAGCAAUUUCCAGAACUACGGCACUGUGCGCUCCGGAAUGUGAAGUACUCACCCGGCAUGACUUUCCACCACAGAUAUUUCCGGAGAGCAGUGCAGGGAACUCGCUUUGAAUCUCUUGACAGCCGGACUCUGAGCAACCAGCAGACGGAAACCGACCUGGCCAACUGGCGGCGAAUAGUUUCCUUCUACACGCUGCGACUAAUGAUGGCUCCGCUGGUGGAGAGCAUCAUUCUCUACGAUCGCUGCCUGUUUCUCACUGAAAAUGGCUGUGAAGUCCAUAUAGAGGCCAUCUUCGAUCCGCGUCUCUCGCCCAGAAACCACAUCACUAGGGCAGUGAAAUCCCAGCACUGAUAGGAUAGAAUUACCCUAAUCUGGCCACAAAUCCCACAAAAGUGACAUGCCCCGUGUGAUUCUUAUCGUUAAGUGCUUUGUGGUUGCUUUUAUAUGAGUUUAUUUUUAUACAGAUAGAGAUAAUAUCCGUGUAGUUGAUACAAAAUGCACUUAAAGUUUGUCUA